UACGUUGAUAGAUUAGGUCUUGCACUUGCUACAACUAACAUUGAAUUUUAGAUAUAGAACUGUUGCGAUAGAAAUAUUCUAUCUUUGACAAUGGGUCAUCUUAUGUACGACUGCUGCCGCACAAUUUAAAUGACGGCAAAAUGGAUACGCAUCAUCACUGCCGCGUACCAAGUCAGUUUUCCAAAAUCCUAAAUCCUAAAAUACUGUUUGUCUUAGUAACAAUUUGCUUGUUCGCUUGGUUUAGUUUGAAAACAAAUAUACUUACGAGCUUUGAUUACUACUCAACGUACAAAAACACAAGCGGUGAUCCCAUAUUCAUGCCCAGAUCCGCUCAGAAGUGGGUGGAAAGAUGCCGCGAGUUUGUCUCGGAAUCAGACCGUGUAUGCCUUGAUCAACAUGGCUUUUGGGAACACUACACAGUUUUAGAGACCGAAGAGGAGGUCCCCAUAUCUGUUCGUAACUUAACGUGUGUAGCUGCUGCAUCUAUCUUCAAACACCAGAUGUGCGACCUGGAAUGUAAUAAAGGUUGGUUUUUUUCGGUCCGAAAGACGGGCACGGGAACGGGUUCGAGAUGGCACACAUAUACAAGAGGCAUCAUGCGCUCAUUGGACACAGAUAAAUUUGUAAGAUUGUGGGAGGAUGAAGGGCCUUUCCACUUCUACAAAACGGACACGUGUCCUGAGGGAAGUGAAAGUUGCUACUUUUCCAGGAGUGAUCGAUGUCUCCCACACGAUAUCGCAGAGAACACUACCACGGACAUUUCCACGCAAAAAGUGACGUGGGACUACAACUCGCGAAAUGUGUCAAACAUUGCUCUCGCUACGGAUCUGGGACAGUCGUAUAUGUGGUUAACUUCCCAGGUCAUGUUUUUCUUGCUACAACCUUUGCCUAUUGUGAGUGAUUGGGUGGAUGAGUUCUGGAGGGAGGGUUCAGAGUGGCGUAUAUCAACGGGGAAGGUCAGCAGAUAUGAACCGUACAUUACAAUGCACGUGAGAUGGGGUGACAAAUGCGGUUGGGAGAAUGAACAGGGUAAGGAGGCCGAGUGUGUGCCUUUUUCGAAGUACAUGCAAGCUGCCGACAACCUACGAGAUAGUAAUCCACAACUGAAACACAUCGUGUUGUCUACCGAAGAUAAUAAAGCGCUGGAGACGCUUGAUGAUUAUACACACCACUGGACGUUUAGUUACACACGAACGGACCGAAAAGGGGCUGCUUUGCAGAGCAUGAUGCGUAGCCGAAGUGACACUGAUUUCCAGGCCCACGAGGUCAAGAACUCUCUGAUUAAUUUUUAUGUGAGUGUGUAUGCACAAGCGGCUGUGUACACAGCAUCAAGCAAUUGGAGUCGAGCUUUUCUUAGAUUUAGUAGGGCAUUACGCGGCCGAAUUAUUGACAAUGUGAGUAUGGAUGGCUGGAUCAACGACGUUGUAGUGUCAGGAGUGUCGAGUCAGUUAUUAGGGGAAAUUAAAGGGCAUUCAGCACCCGAGGGAGGGAGGUAUUGCUUCGACGCGCUUGAAGCUUGUCCUACUCAGCGUAGUGCAGUAUUAAGUAGGUCGCCAACCUAAAUUUAAAAACAAAAAAACUAAUUCAGUAGAAGCUCACGUAUACUAGCAGAAGGGAUUGUCACAUGUAUGCACACCUACGUGUGUGUAUCAUUUAUAC